AUGGACGGUGAUAACCCGGAUUUGACGGAAGAGAGAAUGAAGGGAACUUUCGAUACGGAUAAGAUGGCGGCGGUGAUUUAUGGAAGUGAGAAGAUCGCCCGUCGCCGUCGUGAAAUGAGUGAAGCCAUAUCCCGUAUUCCUGAACUCGCUGACAUCAAGCCACUCCCAUUUCUCGAUAGAUUCGAGAAAGUGACAGAAGGUUCGAGAAAACUGGCAGUUAUCAAGGAGCACGCCAAGGAGCUCAUCGAUGAGGAUAACUAUGAGGAGGGUCUACAUCUUUAUCAUGAAGUGAUGGGUAUGGAGGGUCACCCGUUAGCCCUCCAUGAGGUCAUGUUCAUUCCAGCUCUGGUGGCUCAAGCUAGUGAUGAGCAACACAAGAAAUGGUUGGGUAGAGCAAAGAGGAGAGAGAUAAUCGGAUGUUAUGCACAGACAGAGAUGGGGCAUGGAUCAAACCUCCGGAAGCUGGAGACCACCGCUACUUACACCCCGGCCACCCAAGAAUUCAUUCUCCACACGCCCACAGAAACCGCUUUGAAAUGGUGGCCAGGAGCACUCGGAAAGAGCAGCAAUUGGGCUGUAGUGGUGGCAAAUCUUAUCACCAAUGGCAAGAACUACGGUCCCCACCCUUUCAUGGUACAACUGCGUGACGAAUCCACUCAUAUUCCACUACCAGGGAUUACUGUAGGAGAUAUCGGACCGAAGAUGGCAUUCAAUGGAGGAGAUAACGGAUUCUUGGGGUUCAAUCAAUUCAGAAUUCCACGUGGGUACCUCCUGGAUCGUCAUGCUAAGGUGGAGGCAGAUGGGAGUUAUGUGAAGCCUCCACACGCUAAGAUAAAUCACUCGGCAAUGAUAAGAGUGAGGAGUCAUAUGGCUACAGGGCAAGGUGCUCAGUUGGCUCAUGCAUUGGUAAUAGCAGUGAGAUACUCGGCGGUGAGAAGGCAAGGAUUCCUGGAAGAUAAAUCCCGUGAAGUAAAAGUGCUCGACUACCAAACCCAACAACACCGUCUCUUCCCCUCGAUCGCCCGUGCCUACGCCUUCAUAUUCUGUGGAUUCGAAACAAUCCAACUGUACGAUCAAUUAUUGAUUGAUGUGAAGAAUGGAGACACGUCUGGAAUGAGUGAUCUACAUGCCCUAACUUCUGGUCUCAAAUCUGUGGUUACUCAUCAAACAGGAGAAGGAAUAGAGCAGGCGAGAAUGGCGUGUGGUGGUCAUGGUUACUCGAUGGCCAGCUACAUCUCGGAAAUCUACGGUGUGGCAAUCGGUGGUUGCACUUAUGAAGGAGAGAAUAUGGUGAUGCUCCUCCAGCUCGCUCGCUACUUGGUCAAGUCAGUUGAGCAAAUCAAAACUGGGAAAUCGAUGGAGCUGGGACCAAUGGUAGCCUACCUAGCUGAGCCAGACACUAAUGUCGACUUAACUACCGGACCAGCGGCUUAUGUGAAAGUGUUCCAACAUGCGGCAAGACGUCAGGCAUGGAAGGCUACUGACAAAUUUCAUAAGUUGAUGGAAUCGGGACAAUCAAGGGAUAUUGCAUGGAAUAAUUGUGCGGUGGAGUUGACUAGGGCUUCCCGUCUCCACACCCGUCUCUACAUAAUGGAGACAUUCAUCCGUCGAGUCUCCUCAAUUUCCGACAUUUCCAUCAAAAAAGUAUUGAUUGAUUUAGUGAAUGUACACAUGAAUUACGAGGUACUGGAUAUUGGAACAUAUGCAUUGGAACAUGUGUCAUCUACUCAGUUGGAUUCAAUCAGAAGUCAAUUAUAUUCGAGUCUAGACACUCUGAGACCCAAUGCAGUGUCUCUAAUCGACUCAUUUCAGAUAUCUGAUAUGCAAUUGAGAUCUGUUCUCGGUCGUCGUGAUGGUCAUGUCUACCCGAAUCUCUUCGAAUGGGCGAAAGCAUCCCCAUUGAAUAAGACUCAUGUACUUCCAUCAGUCAAUCAAUAUUUGAAACCAAUGAUGGACAAAGCUAAAUUGUGA